AAUAUAAUAUAAGAUUAACGGUUGGUUCGAUCAUCCUUAUGAGAUUUUAUUAAUACAAUAUACCAUUUCAAUCAUGCUCGUGAUCUUAACCAUCCGUUCUUUUUAGUUCUAUAAUCAACAGAAAAAGAUACAUAAAAUAUAUCAUAAGUUAUCGCCACGUCAGUUUUAUCGACACCUCAUUUAUAAUCGAGUGGUUUUUUCUCUAAAAUAUUUAUGUAUUGUGCAUGAUGCGUAUACUAUAUUUGUAUUUAUGCAUACCAUGAUUUCAGGAACGAUAGCGUAGAUUUUGUGUUUAACGGACGAACUCGUGGCUCAUGAGAUACCUCCAUCAACAAUCGUAUAUUAUGAUAUAUAUAUACGAUUUUCUUAUUACUACAAUAUUAAAUUAUUCUGAUAUACUUUUGGUCGAUGAAAUAUUAUCCCACAAAAAUUAUUAUACAGCAUCAAAUGUUUAUUGAACUGUGAUCCCGUUUUAUAUGUCCCCGAAACAAUAGUUAUAUAUUUCAUUUUUCAUGUCAAGUUCGAAAUCUGAAAACACAUAAACAGUGAUUAGUUAGUUUAUUAUUUUAAAAUUAAACUAGAAAUUAUUUUAAAUUGACACUUAUCCAAACUAAAUCCCAAAUUAUAUCUAAUUAGAUAUCUAAUUCGGGUCAUUUUUACUCGCUUUUAUAGAUUUAAUUUUGUUCUUAAUUUUAGUUAAAGGUGAUGUAAAAUGACUUAUAGUUUAAUAUAAGAAUACUAAACCAGUUAUAAUUAUAGUUUAUGUUUUUUUUAGAUUUCAAACUUUAAAAAUGAAGGGAUUUAAGUCUCAAACUAUUGUCUCAUAGGGAAUUAAAUACAAAACUAUUCUUUCAGAAAUUUAUUCAUAAUCCCAAAAUAUCUGAUACUAUAUAAUAGUUUUCAUAAAGAAAUAACUAGUCGACAUUUUUGUUAAAUGGGUUUAUUGUAACCUUCUGUUUUUACUUAUGAUGGUACACAUGUUUUUGAUUAAUCAUGAUCUAAUAGGGCUGAUACAUGUUUCUUUGUUCUCUUUGUUAAUUUAUCAUAUGCAUAUGUUUUUUUGUUCAAACUAACCUUCCUAUGCUACAAAUAUUGAUUAUUAAGCAGCUUAUAUAUAAUUUUGUACAACCAAAAAAAGGAAGGCUAGUUUACUUUAUAUAUUAAAUCUAUGAAAAAUGUCUUAAUGUUUGAACCUUCCACAAAUUUUGUGUGUUGAUUUAAAUCCAAGUACCUCUAUAACCCCAAAAUACAUACUAGUAACGAGGGAUAAAUUUAAUUCACGUCGAGAUAUCUUUUCAACGUACAAUAGGUUGAGAAAAUAGGGACAUUAUGUGCUCUAUGUUUUGGCCCUAUUGAAAGCAGCGUGAUUUUGGAUCAAUAACAAACUGAAUACUAAAAGCAAGAAGUGUAAAAAAACAAGGUGUAAUAUUGAUUCAUGUAAUAUAAUACUAUUCAAAGAAAUUAAAAACAGAAAUCUUAUCCUACUUCGAAUGGAAUAUUGUCAGAACCCCAAUCGAUUAGACGUGGUUCCAUGGUUUCUAUUUUUUGGUGGGUCAAAGGUCGACUCGUUCACGUCACAUGUCACAUUAAUAAUUGUGUGCUCCAAUUAUAUCCGAUAUAACAAUCGUGUGUAUAGUUCAGGUAUUUUUUUUGACCAAGUAUAAUUGCUAUUGUGUAACACUUUUUAACCGACGCUAUGUGGCACUUAGAGCAUUAGCAGCGGCAGGUGCCCAUGAAAGAGGAUUUCACACAAAUGUUUUAAUUUUAUUAUUUAAAAUUUAAUAAAAAAAUUGGAUGAAUAGAUGAAUAAAGAGAAAGUAUUUGAACUCUUAUCUUCAAGCUUCUUUGCACCAAAAUUUUCUUCGCAUUAUUUCCUUCUGUUUUAAUUUUGUACUUUAAUUUAAUCAUAAAAACUUCACUAAGAGACUACCGAUGAAGCUGCCCUUAUACAACUCUUCUUAGAAAAAUAUAUAUAAAUUUGAUAUAUUUCUGUUUUAUAUUUUCAUAUUAUAUAGCAUUGUUGUUCUUUAACAAGAAAUAACAAUAAGCAUAGAAUUGUUGUCAGAUUGUUGUUAAAACAAACGUGUCUUAAGCGAUACGGUGCUCGUCAAUCCGAUUCACAACACAAUACAAUUGCCACUCAGAAAUUUUCUUAUCGACACGUGUACACCUCUAAUUGGGUGUCAUCUAUCCGACAAAAGAUUUCGUCACCAUGUGUCGCGCACGCAGAUGUCAGACCAUGUAACAUUGAGAUGUCUUGAGGCAACGCAGUGUCAAUUUAAGUUUUCUUUUCAUUUUAGUUUUCAACAUGUACCUUGUAACUAAUCAACUAGUAGGAUAACGAGGCCAAUACAGACCAAACUAUCCAACAAGGACUUGUUUUCGAGCAUUAACGUCAUUGCAAUCAACGCAUAUAUGUAUUACCAUUUGUGUGUAUUCACAUAGCAGACAUAAUUACGACCACAGUUGGAAAUUUUAGUCUCCAAAAUAUUUUGCUGUUUUUUUUUCUGUCAUUUUUAACACGUGUAGUAUAUAUAAUAUUCUCUCUGUUUUAAAAUAUAAGUAGUUUUAAUUGAAAACAUUAAUAUUAAGAAAGUUAUUAUUUUUAAAAAUAUCAUUUAAUCAAUAAAUUCAACCAAUUAUAAAAAAAUUAACAUUAUUUCAAUGGUCACGCAAUAUCCAAUAAAUGAAAAAUGUGCAUUAAAAUAUGUAAACUAUUUAUACUGUGAAACAAACUUUUUUUUGUUAAAACUACAUACAAUUAAAAACAGAGGGUGUACUAUCGUCCUAAAGAAAUUAUUGUCCUAGAUAAAUGCGAAAGUAUGUGGAAGCUGAUACCUGCUCAUGAUUCCGUGACUGAUGAAAUAUUUAAUUUUCAAUAUUUAUUAAUGUUUUUUACAUUGUUUUUUUUGUUAAAACUGGCCUUCAUGUUUUGCAUUAGUUAUUUAGAAAAAAAAAAGAUUAUGUUUCGGGUAAUCUAAUUUUUAGCUAAUGAUUACAAAUUAAACUCAAUGUGUUACAUACAAAACUGUUAACAGUGCAUUCAUAAACAUUUAUGGAUAUCCGUUGUCUAAAAGUUGGGUAUAUUCUAUAUGGAUAAGAGUUUAUAUAUGUAUUAAGUGUAUAUAUACUUUUUGGCGAGGAUAUUCCCAUGUUAUUGGACAAUAUGAAGAUAAAAAGACACCUGAUAGAAAUUGGACCCUCCAUUCUAAUUUAACACAGAAAAAUUAACCGUGGAUUUACGGGCCUACAUCGGUCUUCUGCGUGUGGGACCCAACCAAAGUGCCCUAGGACACUGAGUCCCUGUCUUUUUGUUAGCCUUGCGCCGACCGGCCAAUCAGCCUUCAGAUAUACAAUUCGCAUACAUGUGCUUCUCUCUUUCUAGAUAGAGAUUACAUGUGUGUUUAUCAUAUGUUUAAUUAGAUGAAUGGUUCUGUGCUUGCCAAAAAAACAAAACGAAAGGUUGGUUUAGAAAUGAUGUAGAAAAAUUUAUAUUUAGAAACCUGCGUACUCUGUAAGGAUUUCUUUUCGUUGAUAACAUGAAGCAGAUGCUUAUUUUCAAUAUGUUACCACAUUUAAGAAGUGUAUUUAUCAAAGGAAUAUAUCACUAAUAAUUUUAGAAAUUCAGGCUAAACAAAUUUAACUAUCUAAAUUGUAGUUCGUCACUAAAGAAUUUAAAUUGAUUGUCUAUGUAAAACUGGUUACCUUGUUUUUUCUUUGGCAAGCUAGUAACUAAAUAGAUUUUUUUUUUGAAACACAUUUAGAUUAAAUAGAUUAAAAACAUGAUUUUGAAUAUAUAGAUAGUUUUCGUGAUUAUUCAAACUAUAUAUCUUGUUUGGCCCGCCUCCAUAUUAGUUGUGUACAUUCAACCAAUCUUGUUAUCUCACAGCGAUUUUCUACACGCAUGUGAACAAGAACGCUAUCAACAAAACCAAACAGCCCUUUAAGAUCUAAUAAAACUCGAUUACCAAGUAUAUAGUCAUAUAGUUGUCGUUUGCAAGUUUGUAAACUAGUGGAUCAAAGACUAUUCUCUGUGCUCUCAAAAUAUUUCAUAUAUAUCUAUAUGUUUUAUGUGUGAAUGUAAAUAAUUGGAGCCAAAAUGUAUGGGUAUGACGACAUUGCUAGUUUGACCAAAACCUACUUGAAGCGAAGUGCACAAGACAAAGGGAACAGACUCAAGGAAAACUUUGGCAGGUGUCAAAUCAACUUUCUGUAACUACUAAUAAGAGUUGCAAAGAAAAUGCCACAAUCUGGGUUCCACUUAUUUACCGUGCGCAUGUGUUUUUCUCUGGAAGACAGGGUGGAAUUUUUGAAUGCUGAAACUACUAUUGGAGAUUUUUUUUUCCAUUCUCUUCAACAACUUUUCCUUUUACUUUUCGGUUAUCUUUUCUUUUUAUUGUCAACAACUUUUGAAGAAAAAUUCAUCACCUUUGAAGAAAAUAUGGUGAAUUAAUGCAAAUUAAACUAAAGCUGGCGUGCCGCUGAAAUGAUAAAGAUACACAUAUCUUAAUCAAAAAAUUUGAAGAAAAAUUCACCACAUUUUUACCAAGCUAGCUAAUGAGAUAUUUGUUAUGUAUAUUAAAAUCUUGAUAUAUUAUAUAUCAUUGUUAUUUUACUUUUAUUUAGCUAUAUUAUUUGAGGAGCAAAAUGGGGUAGCUAAUGAGAUAUUUUAUAACAUUUUCUUUUGUAAAAUUUUUGUUUCAAAAACAUAGAGAUAUUUAUUUCUUCACUAAAAAUAUCAUUAAAAUUAUAUUCCAUCCAUUUCAUUAUAUAAGAAAUUUAAAAGUUUUAUUAUAAAAUAAAAAUAUAUUUUCAUAUAUUUUAUUUAUUAUUUGAUCAAGAUUAGUAUGAAAUUUAUUUCAUGGUUGAGUAGAUUAAUUUAAGUUUAUAUAAUCAAACAUAUUUUCGUUUUUCCAUAAUUUGUUGGAUACUCGGAAUGAAAUCAACCGAUAGGACCAUACUAUUUUUACUAUAAGAGAUUUAGACCAAGAUUAAUAGGAGAUCUUGGCUAAUUCAGUUUAGUUUAGUUUUAUUCACCUUUUAAUUUAAAUUAAACAUUAAAUUAGAAUACAAUUUAAUUUUUGUCAAAAUAUAUAUAUUUCUGCUAAUAUGAAAUCUAUAUUUUUUAAAUUAAUAGUGCACAUACAGUAUUAUGUAGAAAAACAAUGCCGGUGAUUGCUCCACCAUUGUUUUCUAAAAAAAUAAAAUAAAGGAUAAUAAAACAUUUUUUGUUACUGUACAAAUUAGGAAUGAAACUAGGAAUACAUAUAAUUAACAAUUUUUACCGUUGCUGACAAUUACUCCCUCUGUUUUUUAUUGUAAGUAGUUUAAGCAAAAUUUGUUUGUUUUAAAAUAUAAGUAGUUUUCAUAAUUUUAAGUAACUUUUACUUUUAUCGGGUAUAGUGCUACCAAUCAAAUAAUAUAUGCUUAUUUAUGAUUGGUUUAACUAUACCUAAUUUAUAUAUCAAAUGCUACUUUUGAAAAAAUUAAUAAUUUUCUUAAUAUUUGUGCAUUCAUCUAAAACUACUUACAAUAAAAAACAGAGGGAGUAUUAAAUACGGCCAACGAACUAAACGACCACAAGCACGUGAUUCCGUGAAACAUAAAACACAUAAUUUUUUCCUUUGUUUCUGGAAGCAAAAUCCUAAUGUCGGCAAACGAUCGGUAGAUGCUACCGAAUAUCGUUAGUCUGAUUGGCUAAUUUUAAUAAUAUAUUUUUCAUAUAUCGGUUUUGAUCAUUAUAAUAAAUCACUAAAUCAUCUGUAAUUAAAAAUUAUUCUCACCGUCGAAUCGUUAUCGCUCAAAGAUAAUAUGCGUGGUGAGCUAUCGCACCCGAAACCGCGUUCACGUCCAAGAGCCACAAAACAUCAUAUAAAUAUUUAGAAUAUUGAAUAAAAAUUAGUUAAUUUCUGGAGUGGGGUUUGUUAUUAGUUCCUGAUUGUUAUUUUACUCAAGCGAACACUUAUAUACCUAACUAGUUUUUAAAAAGAAUACUUCCAGGUAAUGCUGGGCGACGAGGGCAUUGCUUUGGACCCAGGCACAAAGGUUUUGUGCACUACUAGUAGAUGUCACUAAAACAAUAAUUUAUAAUAAUAGUUACAUUAAUUAAUAUUAAGAUACAUAUAUAGUUCUACUGCUAACUCUUUUUGAGUUAUAUUAUAGGGUUAUAUAUAUGAACGCUGUAAAAUGUAAGAACAUAUAUAUAAUCAUCUACGAGUUCUAAAGGAUUAGUUUGAAUCUUGUUUUUCUUUACAGAAUUUAAAGGGAUUAUUUUUAAAAAACUCGAUAUUUCUUUUUGGGAUAUAUAUCCAUUUUUCAAAAACUGCAAACCACAUAUAUAUCACUGCAUGUUUAAUUUUGAACCUAAUUAACCUUUUUGUUGGUCUUCACCUAUUGUCCGUCAUUAAAAAUUUAUAUAAAUUAGGUUUUAAUAAUUCAGCUUCUGUUAAUACGAGUACAAACUUAUAAGAGAUGUGACCAAAAUAAGAUCUUUAUUCUGGAUGAACUUAGGUGUCGCUAGUUUACUCGUGCCUAACAAAGAGUGACUUAUGGAGUUAGCAUGUGACAUUCCCUUUGUUUGACCUAAUAUGGUAUUCAGAGGAGCCUUAUCUUUGUAAACUUUUCUUAUUUCCUUUUUGAUCGUUGUUGGGCGUACUUAAUCACACUUUUUGGAAUAAUUAAAGACUGCUUCUGAUAUGAUACCGUUUAAUUGUAUUUUAAUUACGAAAAUUAAUUAAAAUAUUUCUGCUGAUAAAGCUUAGCGUACUACGUAUAAAUAAUCUUAGACAUAAUUGGAGACUGUGCGUUGAUAAAGUUCAAAAGUCAAUCCGCUUUUAACACAGUAUGUUAUGUAUCAAUACUUGUAUUCAGUUGGAUAGAUAAACGUCGCGACAAAAAAUCCAUAUGUUACUUAUCUACUUUUUACAUUUUACAAUGAUAAAUUUGGUUAUUAACACCAUAUCCAUAUGUAACUAAACAUAAAUUCUGUUUGUUCUUGCAGCAAAACAAUAUAUUUUGGGAUAUUUCUUCUAUUUUUUUUCUUUCUUUUCUUCCUUUUUUUGUGGGUUCAGCUUAGGUCCUAAUUGCACUGACUUGCAUUGUUUAUUUUCUCCAAUAUCCUCCCCCCCUCCACAUCUUUAAACGUAUUCAAACAAGCGAAUAAAUAUCUAGACCUUUGUUUAUUACUUUAUUCGCAUCAAAGGACAUUUGUGUUGUUUCUAUUUGAGUGACAAAUACUUUUAAUGUUAGAUAUUUUGGCUUAAUUGUUAUAUUACAUAUCUCCAAACACUUUUAACCUAACGGGCUAACGGCCAAGUUCCUUAAAAGAUGUAGACAUUAACAAUUUUCGACUAUGGUUCUGAGCUCUAUGUUUUAAUUUGUUGCUAUAUAGCAGUUAUGUUGUUCUUAUCAAGAUAAACUACCUCUUUUUCUUAUAUACGUGGAGAUCCCUAAAGUUUUCUAAGCCAAAAAAAUAAUUUUAUGAGGCUUUGCAUCUAAGUACACAACUAGUUCAUCUAAAUGGCAGAGCUAGGUAGCCAAGGCGAAUCAAACGUAUGGUCUUAAGCAGUGAAGCUCUAAUCUUCUUUAGGUCUGGAAACCGUCUUUGCUAAUACUAAUUAACACAACUUAAAAGUAUUUUUUCUGUAACACAAACGAAAAAUAUUCAUCCACCGGAAUUGGAACUAAAAACAUAUUCAUUACUAACCUACACAUACCAGUGGUAUUAGCCUACAACAGGAGCAAUGUUUGUCCAUUGCUUAUACUUAAAAAACCGGAGGAAAUACACAAGUUGUAUGAUAAUAUCAUUUAAUGUUAGCAAUUAUAUAAUUCUGUAAUAUAUAAGACUGUAUUUGAACUCUAAUAUUAUAUAAUAUAUGUUAUCCAAAUUCCAACGAAAUUAAUCAAAUAUAUACACGUAUAUUAAAAAAAGCUAUCCACACUAAACAAGAGAAACGAAUCAUCUAUAAACAUACAGAAACCUGUAUGUUAGUGGAAUACAUAUUACCAUAUCUUUUUGAAUUCAGAAACACUUUCAUAAGAUUAAAAACUCCAAUUUCUAUUGGAUACUUGAUUAAUUACUUGAAUAUAUAUAGCCAUUUUUAUUAUUAUUAAAUACAAACGAACAUAACCUCCACAUUGUUUCGAUUUUUCUCACAGAGAGAGGACAAAAUAAUUUAUGAUUAAAGAAAGUGCGUAAAAUAAGAGAUGGAGACGUUCACUACCUCACUUUCGUUGAUUCAUGCACUCCUUUCAUUUUGAUAGCUCUCUUCCAAUCCAAUUUCUUUUUCUGUCCCACUCCCUCCAUAUCCCUUCUUCUAAUUUUAACUUUUGAAUUAUUUUUUUUCCUGACCGUCUUGUCCAAUCAAUGCAUGUGAUUGAAUAUCUACUUACUUUAAGGUUCUUAAUUAAACAAAAUAAAAUAAGAUAAAGAUCUCUUUAGUUGAAUAUAAUCAUAUACUUAAUAUAACUAAUCCUAGAUUGGCGGAGAGAAAAACAUAGAUAUAUAACUAACCAUGUACGCUUCAAUAUCAAAUACAAUACAAGCCUGCAAGUCAAGCUUGAAAUUAGACCUUUUUAACAAAAAAAUGUCAAGCUUGAAAUAUCAUAUUAUAUUUAUAUCAAGCAGUAAAUGUUGACAAAAAAAAUAUCAAGCAGUAAAUAAAAAGGAACACUUAAUUUCUCCAACUAUUGAAAACUGCCGCCAAAUGUACGAUACCGUUAAUUAAAAGACAUGUCAUCAUUCAGUGCAUUCCGACAGAAUAAAGACACGUUGGAGAAAACGUGUCCGUCUCACCAAGAAAAUAACGGACACGUGACAAGGUGUGAUUUCGUUUUGCGCGUUUCAUAACGGUCAAUCAAAAAGCGCUUUAACCGACCGCACUCGAUGAGUUGAAACUUUCUGAUUGCUUUUAUUAUCUAGCCAACGGAAUCCUAUAAACUUGACAUCUAUUACUUUCACAUGUUAUUAUGUUACUUAUUACCUACGAAACUAUGAGUUGUUUGUAAAUUAUACACUAAAUUUUAAUUAAAUUUGCUUACCGAUGGAUAUGUAACGUUUUUAUUCCUGUUCAAGUUUUGUAAAAGUAACAACUUUUUGUCAAAUAAUAUGAUUUUUUGUUCUAUCUGUACCAUGAUUUUUUUAAAGGUUUUCUUACCAUUAAUUAAUAGUCAUAAACGCAAAAAUAAAUCGCUUAUUCCAAGAUUCGAAACCUACCUCUCUUGAGUUUAAACCUAACUAAUAACGCUACUAACAUACAUCACUAUAAUCAUAAAAUUAUUUUUGAUAUAUAUACAGUUUAAGUUUGGUUGAAUAGACAUAUUUACUCAAAAAGCUAUUUCAUGCAUUUCGUUAAAAGCAAAUUAACACUUGUAAAUCAAUGAAAAAGAUAGACCACGUACUUACGUUAGUACAGUGUUUCACCAACCAUUCAUAGUCAAUUCUUCUUUAACUAUAAGAAGUUGUUUUCGUAGAAUAUAAAAGUUGAAGGAAGUUUCUUAGAAAAAUGAUGAUUUGCAAGAGAAAUUUUUUUUUUUUAGAAAAAAAAUCGAAAAAAGGAACUCAAUUCUAAUUUUGCUAGCUCGAAGCCGCGGAACAAAAAUUGGUCCGUUGGAUGAUUUGGCAUUCUCUAGGCGUUUCUAGUUGGAACGGUGGAAUUUAAUUAUACAUGUAGUACAUUUAGUAGAGGAUUUAGAAAUAAAAUAUAUCAAAAAUAAUAAUACUAGUAUUAGCAACUUUUUCUAAUGAGUUAUUUAAUUUAAUUAAUUGCACAUAAAUAUUGUACUCUCUCCGUUUCAAAAUACUUGAAAUUUUAGGAUAUUGCAUAACAAUUAAGAAACUUGUUUUUUUAGUUAAAAAAUAUGAUUAAAAUAUAAAUUAAAACCAUUUUAACCAAUUAUAAAAGCUACAAAAUAUGAUUAAAUAUACAGUUUUUGAUAAAAUUAAAAAUUAUAUUGAAUAUAAAAAUAUCAUCUAUUUUGAAACAUAAAAAAAUUUACUAAACAUCAUCUAUUUUGAAACGGAUUGAGUAUUCUUUAAAACGAGAGCAUGUUAAAUAUAAAAUUAUUUGAAUUCCUACUUUAAUAUAUUUUGAAAAGAGAAAAAAAACAAUUGUUAGUCGACAUCAAAAAUGUAUGCAAUAUAUGUAAAGCUUGGCACAUAUAGUAAAUCUUGGCCCAUUAUAUAAAACUUGACUCAAAUAUUAAAGAGACCCAGCAUAAAUAAUAUUCCUCACUCGACCAGUCAUCAUACUGAUUUUCCGGGAACCACCUGAUGAGUCUAAAUGGGCCUUUAACGGUUCCUUAUAACUUGAAAUAUCGCUAAAUGGCUUUAUGGAGAAACGUUUUAAAUAUUCUAGCAAUCAUAGAUACUGAAAUACCAGUUGACAAAAAAAAAAUACUGAAAUACAAGUUAGUCUUUAAUAUUUAUCAUACUUGACCUACCUUUUAUUUAUAAACUUAAAAUAAUUAGUAAUAUAUAUAUAUCACGUUAAUUCUCACGAUGAUCAAUUAUUACGAUAAUUUUAAUAAACUAAAAUUAUUAUAUAAUUUCCAAUAACUAAAUUUAAAUUUUAGUUUUUAAAAAUAUUUUUUAUUUUUUCUAAAAAUAUCACAAAUGGAAUAUAUCUAUAUAUCUUUCUAAAGCUAUUUGGAAAGUUUUUGUGAACCAUUCUUAAAUUAAUUUUUCAAAAGUCAAUAAUAUAUAUAUACUAGAUUAAUAAGAAUUAGUUUAACAAUUAAUUACUUUUUAAAAUAUUUUCGAUUAUAUAUAUAUCUAUGUAUAUAAUAGCUAUACAUAAAAUAUAUUAUUUAUUUUGUAUAUUAUUUUUAGUAAUUUGAGAUUUUUAUUUACAAAAUGUUUAUGAACUUAACACAUUUACUAUUUUCAAAAUAAAAUUUAAUUUUAAAUUUGGAGAACUAUUUUUUCAUUUUUAUUUCUAAUCUUAAUUUCGGAUAACAUAUAAAAAUCCUAUAAAAUUAUAUAAAAUACCUACAAAAGUAUAACAAGCUAAAUGAAGCUAACAAAAUUAUUCACAUUUUAGCAUAAUUAGAAGAAAAAAAACAGUAAAUUCAAUGUAGUUGAAUUUUUGCAAUUAAUUAAUUUUAAAGAAAAUAAUCAAAAAAUUUCUAAAUUCUUAUACCUAGAAGGCUAAAAUUUAUUUCAAAAUAAGUUAACAAUAUAAAUAAAAGUUCUAUUUUAAUUUUUAAUGAUAUAAAUUACUAAUCAUUUUAAAUUUUAUGAAUCAGUGAAAGCAAAACAUUAGUCAAACAUUAUAAUUUAGUUAUUUAUAAAUAUUUAAAUAUGUGUAUGACUGUUAGAAUAUCACUGAUUAUAUUGGUUAAUGCAACUCUAAUUAAAUUAGCACUUAGUUUUUAUUUUUUCUUCCUAAAAAUACAUAUAUAUUGUGGAAGCUCCUUUGGUCUAGUGGUUUGACUAAGAGUUCAUUAAUGUUUCUACACCAGUAGGUCUGAGUUUCAAUUCACGGAGAAAGCAGAAUUAUACAAAUUAAGGGAAAAAAAAUCUUACAAGAAAUCUGCAACAUAGCACAAAGAGUACCAUCAAACGUAGAUUCCAUAGGACGGCUUAGGUGAUGCAGUCAGACGUGAAUUCUCAUACGACAUAUAAAAUUAUAUGUAAUAUUUUUCAUAGUUGUAAUAGCAUAAUUAUCUUUUUUUUUUCUUCCUUGUAAUAGCAUAAUUAUCUAGCGUUAAAAAAACAUAUAUAUUGAAUAAAUAAAGAUUGUCAUAAAAAUAUAUUUAAAGACUAAUUGAAUAACUAAAUAUAAUUAAAAUACUUUGAUUUUAAUAUAUUUCAAAUUAAAUAAAUUAUGAUUUAGUAUAAAAUUGUUAUAUUGAAAUCAAAUAUUAGAUUGAGGUACCAAAAUAAUUUUAUUUAAAAUUAAUAUUAUAUUUACUUUUCAGAAAUAUAGAUUAUAAUUUUAUUUAAAAUUGAUCAACAGGUAGGAACGUCAUAUUAACUAAUAAAUAUGAUUAUUUUGUAAUUUUUUUUAUCCGUGUAUAAGCAAGAGAAAAUUACACAGUGAGUAAUAUUUAUUUUAAAAGUUAUGUAUUUUUAUAAAUAUUUUUUAAAAAAAAAUCAAAAUUAUGCCUUUUUGAUUUAGAUGUCCUAAUUGGUGGUUUGUGUGGCUUCCCCUCUCGCCGGCCAUGUACAAAAAAAUAUUAUUCGCUUUAUGUUUAUCCUAUCAGGUUAGCUCAUAGUCCCACCCAAUUGGUCAACAACUCCACAUGUAAUAAACGAAAGUAUUUACUUUUUUUUUUCGAAAGUAUUUACUUGAAGAAUCAUUUAAUGUUAAAACUAGACUUGAAACUUAUUAUCUGAAAUUCGGAUUCGAUCCGAGAUCCGUUUCGGAUCCGCUCCGAAAAUAAGAUAUCUGGAGUGCCCAGAUCCAAAUCCGAAUAGUAAAAUCUUGGAUCCGUCCAAACCGAAUCUGAAUCCGGAUAUCUUAAUUUUUAGGUCUGGAUAUCCGGAUCCGGAUCCGGAUCCGUAUUUUUAAAACACAUUAAGUUUUUAAAUUUCAUUAAUAUUAAUAUUUUAUAUAUUAAUACUUAUACAUAUAAAUUAAUAUUAUAAUAUUAUGUUUAGUUUUUACAAUAUUAUAGACAUAUAUAUAUAUAUAUAUCUAUAUUUAUAAAUAUUGUAUAAAUAUUUAAUUAAUGUGUUUUUUUAAAAAAUGUAGAAUUUUUCUAAUUUUUUUUUAAUUAUUUUUACGGAUCCGGAUCUGGAUAUCCGCGGGUAAUAGAAUAUUGAGACGGAUAUCCAAAAUCCAGAUAUCUAAAAACCACAAAUACGGAUUCAGAUAUUAAAUCCACGGAUCCGACGGAUCCGGAUCCGAGUACCCUAAAUAUUCUGGAUAUCCGGAUCCAUCUCAGGUCUAGGUAAAACUCCAUAAAGCUUUUUAUAUUCACGACGAAGACUGUGGGUUCAGUUGUUGAAUCAUAAAAUUAUUUGUUCAAAAAUCCAUAAUCGCCGAGAUUUCAGAACCUAUACAUAUAAUAUUUUUAUAGAAAAUUAAGUUUAAAUAUAUAAAAAUCCUAACAAAACCCAAAGAUUUAUGCAGCAGUAGCAGCAGGAAACGGACUUAUUAGUUAUUUAACGAGUCUAUUUUGCUGGUCAACUAUUUAACGAGUCUAUAUGAAAAACUUAUUUGGAAUGUCCAUUUUCUUUUAACGUUCUUUUUCUCACUUUAUAUGGUUCUUUAUACAGUAAAAUAUCAAAUUUACUUGACUCGGCUUACUUUGAAAUGUCAAACAAUACUAACUGAGACAUUAUAAAAAUAAAAAAAAGAACGAAAUAGAGGUAUGCAUUAUGCAAGGAUAUAAAAUAUAUUGCUUAACAACAAAAAUAAACCUUUUAGUUUUCACUAUUAUGAAAUUUAACGUCUGAAAAUGCCAAAAUAGAUAGCGGCCAAAACGGAAGCAUCAUUCCUUUCUUUUACUUCAUCUCCUCACUUCGCUCAUCACCAUAACCACACAACACAACAGAGAAAGCUCUCUGUGAUCGCAUAAUCUUUUUUUUUUCCAAUGACCUGAUCAUUACAUUUUUCACUCAACUCCUGUUUAUAUACAAUAUAUCAACAAGAUCAAUCACACGUUUUCGGAUUUUACUCAUCAUCUUUGAUCAACUAUUUGCAUUUUACGAAAAGGGGAGAGCUUACUCUUCCUUGUUUUUGAUUCGACUAAGUUUUGUCCAUUCUGAUCCAAUGGCUGCGAUCACUGAGAAUGAUCCAAUGGCUGUGAUCACUGAAAAUGUACACACUGAGAAGUACAUUGAUGUUGCCAAAGAUGUUCAUGAAAUUUGUGUCAAAAGCGAUGGCGAAAAGACCAUUGGUGAUGGAAUUGAGAAAAUCGCGAUCACGAGUUCUAAAAAAGAGUCUCAGCUCAAACCUGAAUCCGAGUUAGAUAUGAAGAAUGUUGUAGCGAUGUUCAAGAAACUGAAUCCUUUGGCAAAGGAGUUUUUCCCUUCUUACCACAACAACACCAAGAAAAACAAUAAUACUGGGAAAGACAAUCAAAUUAUGCCGGCUGACGAUUUGGUGGCUAAAAAGAAUCAAUCCGGUGAAGAAUUUGAUCAUGAUCUCAAGAAGGAUGACAAUAACCGGAAGAGAAGAAACGGUUACAGCCAAGGGAGGAGGAGGUUAAAUGGAAGAAUUUCUAAGGCUGAGAGAGAGGAUAGUAUUAGAAGAACAGUAUAUGUUUCUGACAUUGACCAGAGUGUGACUGAGGAGGGUCUUGCUGGCUUGUUUAGUAACUGUGGACAAGUUGUUGACUGUCGAAUUUGUGGGGAUCCACAUUCAGUUCUUCGAUUUGCAUUUGUCGAGUUUGCUGAUGACCAGGGUGCAAGGGAAGCUUUAAGGCUUGGUGGAACUAUGCUUGGGUACUACCCGGUGAGGGUUUUACCCUCCAAAACUGCUAUUCUUCCAGUUAAUCCCACAUUUCUUCCCAGGUCAGAGGAUGAAAGGGAGAUGUGUUCAAGGACAAUCUAUUGCACAAAUAUUGACAAGAAGGUUUCUCAAGCUGAUGUGAGAAACUUCUUUGAGUCGGCAUGUGGUGAGGUAACUCGCCUAAGGCUUCUCGGCGAUCAACUGCAUUCAACUCGCAUAGCUUUUGUUGAAUUUGCUCUGGCAGAUAUAGCACUUAGGGCGCUCAGUUGCAGCGGGAUGGUCGUUGGAUCCCAACCUAUUAGGGUAAGUCCUUCAAAGACACCGGUGAGGCCACGAAUCACUCAACCAUCUUCCACAAACUAGAAAAGAGACCUGACUAGCUGGCUUUCUGGAAGAGAGAUGAUUUCCUCUGUUUUUCUCUGUUUUUUCGGUUAUCUUUGCGUUUUAGAACAGUUAUCUCCAGUUAUGUUUUUUUUUUAUUUUUGAAACACAUCGCCAGUUAUGUUAGUAGCUGGAAACACUAUGAUCCUGCUUCUGUCUUUGGAGUUGUUAUUAGUCUCCCUGCCUUUUCCACUGAGAUACUUUCAUCUGUCUCAUCAUCAUUCCUCUAUGGGAUUUUUUGAGGCUUUGCUU